CAAUGUUUGAACGUAAUAUUUCACCCGCUCCAUCCAAUCCUACUCAAUCGUUAUAUAAUGUUUCGAUACUUACUCCAUCCAUUCCUACUCCAUCCAAUUCAACUCAAUCAAAUCCUACUCCAUCCAAUCCAACUCAUUCAAAUCCUACCCCAUCCAAUUCAAAUCCAUCGCUAUCUACUGUAUCCAAUCCUACUCCAUCCAAUUCAGCUCCAUCCAAUCCUACUCCAUCCAUUUCAACUCCAACGCUAUCUACUGUAUCAAAUCCUAUUACAUCCAAUUCAACUCCAUCACAAUCUACUGUAUCCAAUCCCACUCCAUCCAAUCCCACUCCAUCCAAUCCCACUCCAUCCAAUUCUACUCAAAUGCUGUCUUCAUCUGACACUGGUUUAAAGACUCGGAAAAUAAACCAGGACAAAGACGUGAACACCAAGUUGUUCUUUUCUCCGCCAAGUUACGAUGAGGCAAUUAUUUCUCCUAAAGGAGUUGUGGCUCCGCCGAUAAAUCAGUAUCCACCACCGGCAAGUAUUUAUCCAUACCUGAAGCCGGAAAACCAGUCCCCGCCUGGGGAGGAAAACCAGUCCCCGCCUGUGGAGGAAAGCCCCGUGACUCCGCUGUCGGAAACUCAAUCAGCCGAUGAUAAUUCAUCUUCCAAAACCGGAAAUAUAUCGCCUCACAAGAACGGAAAUAUAUCGCCUCACAAGAACGGAAAUAUACCGCCUCCAAAAGCUGGAAAUAUGCCGCCUCCAACAGGAAGAUUGUCACCGUCUCAGGAUCGUCGACGUCAUCAGUUACAUGAGUCCGGGGAGUCCGGGUCGCAGGUCGUCUAUGUCACUGAUAUUCUCGGGCCAAGACCUGUAGAUGUGUCAUGUCCAUGCUGUCUCCUAACUGUUAGAACUGUAACAGAUAAAGAACCAUCAGCUAUAGCCUGGGUUCUUGGUGUUCUUCUCUUUUUAUUUGGAUGUUGGCCGUGUGCGUGUAUACCCUGCUGCAUUGAAAAUUUACAAACGGUGACGCACAGUUGUCCCGCUUGUGGUGCACAUUUGGGAAUAUACAAUGCGGCACUGUAGAGAAGCUUCUAGUGCAGUACUUUAGUGUACAUUCGUACAAUAGUGUUCAUAAACAAGUCGGGCGUAUACAAGAUUUUCCAGGGGGGGGUUAAUCUUUUUAACUGAAGCUAUAUUUUUAUAUCAACUCAGGGGGAGAUUCAGGCCCCCUAACCCCCCUGUAUACGUCCCUGACUAGUUGAGUUCUAUACUGUAGAGAAUUAGUAUACUAUAUUAGUAGUUAGUACUGCUUGAUAAUUGUUAUGAUAAAACUGCAGUACAGCACAAAACAAUACAUUAAACUGUAUAGCAAUAAUCCACCAUAAUUUCUAAGCUAAUUUUUACUAUUUUAAUUUAAAAAAAUAGUUUUUGAUGUAUAUAUGAAAUACAGUUUUUCUUAAAGCAAGUACGAUUUAUAAAUCUUUUAUAACCGUAAAAUAUUGUAUGUCCUAUUUUA